UCAGAGUCUCACACUGUCAAACAGGUGCGGACUCCACCUUAGGAUCUCAGGAAAGCAGCACCUGCCAUAAGGUUUUGCUUUCUUCCGAUAUCAACGGAUCCUGGACUGUUCCUGAACCAGCCUGACAGUCCACGUGCUGUGGACUCUCCAGGGAUGUCAACUCAAAGCUGCUCUGAGAACAACCUGAGGUUUAUCUGUGAGCUUAGGCCCUGGCCUGGUCCAUCACCAGGUAGUGCUGAGGAUUGCAAUGCCGAUAUAGAUAGUGAGUCAGUGUCAGUCAUCCUCCCUGCGCAGUGUAGCAUCUACCAGCUGCGGCUACGCAUCUGUAUACAGGCCCAGGAAAAAAACUGCCACCCAGAUCCACUUGCAAUACUUGACCCAGAGAAAUACACUCUGUUGUAUGCCAGGGGGGAUGACUGGUACGAGGCCUACGAUGACUGUCAGGUUAUCAGGACGUUAGACAUUCCAUGGUCAUGUGACGACAGCGGACGCCUGUCAGCACACAUCGUGGUAAAGCCCCUGGUGGCAGUUGAUUCAGAAGAGAAGAAGAAGCAGCAGCAGUGUCUGGCUUACCUGAUAGGACACAACCUGGAGAAAGAAGCAUCCGACAGACUUGGUGAGCUCACAUUUACCCGCCGGAAACUGGCAUCUCCCAGAAGACUAGAGCUAAAAAAUCGGGAUGACAAGUUGUAUGCCACAGAGCCUUGGAUUACAUGUGCCCCCAUUCCAACUGACCUGCAGGACUGGCUAAACAGAAAGCUUCCCGUCACCCUCCAUUACAUGAACAAGAUCAGCUUCAGCAUACAGGUGGAUUUAAGUGCAAGGCUAAAUGUUCUUCUUAAAGUUUUUGGAAGGGUGAUGGCAGACCGAGGGCUUGAUUAUGACACCUCUGACAGUCUGGUGUUUAAAGUGUCAGGGAGGGAAGAGUUUUUAUCCGGAGACCACCCUCUCAGUGACUUCCUCUGCGUUCGACAGUGCUUGAAAACCAAUCAGGCCUUCCACCUCUCUGUGGUACCUGUGUCGCAGCUCCCUGACGAGUCUGUCAAAUUCGUGGACUGGCCACUCGUUGACGGUUUCAGCGGCCAGUUCAGCUCCCAUGAUGAUCUCCGCCUUGAAGGGAAGGAUUUGGAUGACAUAUUCAUGAUAUCCUUAUGGGACUGCAAUAGAAAACUCAGAGUCAAACUGUUAGGCUUUGACAUCCCAGAUCUUCCAAGCAAAUGCCCUCAGUCUGUUUAUGUGGAAGCCUCCAUACUUUAUGGUAACAAGGUUCUCUCUUCAGUCUCCUCCACUCCAAAAGCCUUCACAGAUGAGGUACUGUGGAAUGAAUGGCUGGAUUUUGAUGUUCUCCUUAGGGAUCUACCACGUGGAGCCAAACUGGGUCUCACUAUCAAUGCGACUGGUGGUGACAUUUCCCAAACUACCAAAGACUCAGGGGAGGGGAAGGUCCUCUACUUUGUUAAUCUUCUCCUCAUAGAUCACAGGUCCGUCCUUAGCCAGGGCCCCUACACGCUGCACAUGUGGUCCUACCCUGACCUGGAGGAAGAGGUCAUCAGCUACCAGGCAGACAAGCUGUCCUCUGCUACUAACCCAAACAUAGCUGAUUCCAUGGCUAUCAGCUUCCUUCUUGAUCGCUACAGCUUCCCUGUGGUUCUCCCAAACCGCUUUAGUUCCUCUGAAUGUUCCAGCAGUCCCACCUCCACCUCCAGCCUCUCCCCAACCAAAUGUAUUGUCUCCUCUCCUGCACCUUCCUCCCCAGCCACCUCACCCUCUUCCUCCUUAUCCAGCACAGAUUCUUCCUCUCUGCAUGUGAAACCUUUUCAAGGCCCAUCAGCUGACACUGUCACUCUCAGAUCCCCAUCCCCGGUCAUCAACACUGACAAGUCUUGCCUAAGAAGGUUUCGGGAGGAGAGUGUCCGCUAUGCCUCCAACCUACCCCACUACCUGCGCAAAGUUGAUUGGAUGAACCGCAGGGUGGUUGAAGAUGUCCACUGGCUACUGGGAAACUGGGAUCCUGGGGAUCUGGAUGUAACUGUAGCCCUGGAGCUGUUGAGCAUGGACUUUGCUGAUGAGGUGGUCAGGAGGCUUGCAGUUCAGAGACUGGAAAGCCUGUCGAAUGAUGAUGUCUUGCUGUAUUUGCUGCAACUGGUGCAGACCCUUAAAGUGGAACCUUACCAUGACAGCUUCCUUGCUCGGUACCUCAUCCAAAGAGCUCUGCGGAGCAAGAGAAUCGGCCACUUCUUCUUCUGGUACGUCCGCAGUGAGGUGGCAGGGUGUCCGUACUUCCGCCAACGCAUGGCUGUGAUUCUGGAGGCGUACCUGCUGGGCUGCGGCCAGGCCAUGCUCGACAGCUUCACCCGGCAGGUCCACGCUGUAGAGGCACUACAGGAGGCCGCUAUAAUGAUUAAGAAACUCUUCCCAGACAAGACUGACCUCCAUCCUACAGCUCACCUCAGGCUUCAAGAGCUUCUUAGACACUGUAAUCUACCAAAUGAAUUCCUGCUGCCCUUUGAUCCCCGCAUCAAAGUUGGAAGGAUCCUGCUGGACAAAUGCAAGGUGAUGGCCUCUAAGAAGAAACCUCUAUGGCUGGAGUUCUCUCCCAUGCCGUCACCUACCUCUGCUACACCUGUUGGUAUCAUUUUCAAAGAAGGGGACGACCUCAGACAGGACAUGCUGGUCAUUCAGACAUUGGUGGUGAUGGACUCCAUCUGGCAGGAGAAAUCUCUGGACCUUAACCUUGUUCCAUAUGGCUGCAUCUCCACAGGACACAACAUAGGUAUGAUUGAGAUUGUGAGGAAUGCAGCGACCAUCGCUGCAGUCCAGAGGAACCACAGAGGAACAGCUGGAGCCUUCAGAAACGAUGCUCUGUUUGAGUGGCUCAAGUCUAAGUGUCCACUGCAGGAAAUUCACUACAAGACUGUGGAGAGGUUUGUGAAGUCCUGUGCUGGUUACUGUGUGGCCACUUAUGUACUGGGUAUAGGAGAUCGACACAAUGACAACAUCAUGAUCACAGACCAAGGGAACUUGUUUCACAUCGACUUCGGUCACAUCCUGGGUAACAGGAAGCACUUUCUCGGUGUCAAAAGGGAGCGUGUGCCAUUCGUCCUCACACCUGACUUCCUGUUUGUCAUGGGCAGGGUCAAAGGUCGCAACAGCCUCUAUUUUCAGCGUUUCAGGGACACUUGCACCCAGGCGUACCUCUCCCUGCGCUCCCACUCUCGUCUGCUCAUCACUCUUUUCUCCCUCAUGCUGCUCACUGGCAUCCCAGAGCUGAGCGCUGCAGAGGACAUGCGUUACCUGCGGGAGGCUCUCCAGGAAGAACAGGGUGAGGCAGAGGCCAAGGAGCAUUUCCUCCAGCAAAUCUCUGAGUGUGAGCAGCUGGGCUGGACCGUGCAGGCCAACUGGUGGAUCCACAUGGUGGCAGGCAUCAAGUAGAGUGUUUUGCACUACUUGUGCUUCAGCUCUGGAGGAGGUGAAAUGGUGGCUGUCCAAAUGUCUAAAUGUGGACAGUGACUUUCUUUUAUUCAUUGUUUAUUUUCAUGUAUUAUUGCUAUAUUCCUGUAUCGUAUGGCGUCCCUCUCCUCACCAGUGAGCGUGGAUUAUGUUUAUAGGCAUCUGACAGCAAUGGAGGUCUGCAUUUUCCAGCAGGUGAGAGAACAGGCAUGUUCAAAUAAAUGAACUGUGACCUGGAGGGGGAUGGAAAAUAGUGUCAUGGUAAAAAAAUAACAUUUAAGAUUUGUCAUAUAUAUGCUGUAAAUAGAUGUAACGCGCAGCUUAUUUUAUCCCUGAAAUAUUCAUACCGUGAAAUAGAAGCAGCAGUCAAAUAUCCUCACAGUACCUGCACAGGGGAGAAGAAAAGUAAGUUAAUCAGCAUCCAUUUAGGUUUUAACAUUAGUUAGUAUGUGUUAUUUUAAGAGUCACUGCUCCCUGCUAAAAAGCUUCACUAAUUAAAUAUUAGUAAUUAAUUACUUCUUUGUUCAAUAACACAAUAAAUCUCUGAUGGUCCAAAAUCAAACAAAUAAAAUCCAAAUUGGCCUGGCUCAUCUUGAAAAAGCCCUCUAUUCUUAUAUUAGCAAUAACAAACACAAAUAUAUACAUUUUUGUCAUGUAUUAGAUUUUUAUAAUCCUUUAUAUUUCUCCAAAAAUGUGUUUGUUUUUUUUCAAAGUUCACUAUUUUUCAGUAUAGCCUGUUAUAUUUUAUCUUACAUAUCUUACACACAGCCAGCUUUAGCUUCUCAGAUUGACACAUACCAAACCCAGAUCAGUUGACACAGUAGUCACUAACCAUAGUCACUUCCUUGUUGUCAUAGCAACAUGCAUGUGUCUUAGCUUUUUGAAGUCAUGGCACCUCUUUUCUUUUCACUAGCCAUGCACAUGGUGGCUGAAUGUUAUGUUUUCCAGGAGAGUGCUUUCACUAAAUCUUUUCACUUCUCAGGUCAGAAAGUUGGCCAGUGAAACUGCUGUACUUCCAUGAUUAUAGCUGCAGGGUCAAGACUGUUGAAGUAACUACAAUAAAUGAAACAGGAUAUGAAAAUCCACAGAAGAACUGUGGCAAUAUCUCCAAGAUACCUGGAACAGCAUACAUGAAAUGUACCUUGAAAAAAAUGUUUGCACAAACAUGCAUAGGAAAAAAAAAAAAAAUGUUAAUUUUUUUUUAAAUUUACUUUGAUACAUAAAAGCUUUUCAUGGCAUUCUUUUUAAAAGCAUCUUCAUCUUGCUUUUAGUGUCUAAAACAUUUGCAUAGUGCUGUAUAUACUGUAUGAAGGUACCUGUAAAAAGACAGUGCAGGCAGGCUGACACACGCAGUGCAACUUGUAUAUUUAUUAAGCCCUUGUCCCUGUGCACAAUCUAGAAUAAAAAUGGGAGUUUAAUUAAUUUUUAGUGUUCAGACUCUGAGGUUCCAUUGUAAAAAUAUGUCAAGACUUAUCAGUGAUAGAGAGUCACAUGGGCUCUGUCGCACAUGGACACUCAACACAAAUGAUGACAUUUAGAAUCAAACAGUUCUUCUCUUCCACAUCCACUUAGUAGGUUUUAUGUGAAAUCAGUCAGUCAAUCAGACUUUAUUUGUAUAGCAUUUUUCAUACAAAUAGAUGAUAGCGCAAAGUGCUUUGCAUC